AGAAGAAAACACAUGCAACAACGAAACCGCUCUUCUCUUCUCUUCCCUCCAUAACACGAAAUAGUAGUUUCGUGCCAGGCACGACUUUGUGUAAAAGGAAUAGCGGCAUUAUUACUAUUGCUACCGUUACCAUUUCUUAAAGAGAAAGAGGGGGAGCAACACAAAUCUGUGCAAAGAACUCAGAAGAAAACUUUAUCGCUCUUCGGUCUUAUUCGAUCGUCACAAUGCAGCAGCAGCAGCAGCAGCACGUCAUUGUAGUUACCGGGCUUCCACCGGAGGGCCUGACGGAAGACGAUGUGCGGCAGUACCUGACCUCCUGCGGUGACAUCGACUCCAUUUUUCUCUUCCUCGCAAGCCAGAUGCCGACCACCUCGCCUUCCGCAGCUCCUCCGACGUCAUCUGCGGCUCUUGUGUGUUUCAAGAAUGCCAGCAGUGUGGCCUACGCGGAGCUGCUCAGCGGCAGCGUCUUUAAAGGAAAAGUAAUUCAGCUCAAGCGACCUGCCGGCGCAGGGGCGGAGGGCGAGUUGUUUAACUCAAAAACAGCAGCAGAUGCCCUGAGGGCGGAGCUGAACGCUUCGGAGGAGUUUGACAAGGACUUCUCCAAGUCGAUGACAGGGUGGUGCGUGCGCGCACGCAUGCGACGCGCCGCGAAGGCGAUGCAAGCGAAGGCGGGCCAGCUUGCGUCCGGCACACACGAAAACAUGGCCAAAGCGAAGCAAGGUGCGCUGGCGAUGCAGCUGUCGGUGCGGUACGCUGUGACAAACGCACGCGAGAUGCGGGCGCGCGUUCCACUGGACGACAAGGAACUUACAGCUGCGCAGUACGACUACACACCGACGCAGCCGCAGUGGGGCGAGAAAUCGGCCUAG